GGAAGUGACACACACCUGACAAGUAAUUAUUUCAUUGCAAGUGGCAUAAUUGGACGUUGAUUACAGUUUAUUUGAUGAUCAUGUUCAAUGGAUGGUAGGGAAUGUCGAUCGUUAUCGCAAGGGCUAUGCGGGUUUUAUGUCGCAAGAGAAGAGACGCUUGGGGCGCCUCUAUGAAAAUACUGGGGUUUGAUUGGUAGACAGACGAAGCGUUGCGCUUGACAACCGAAGGGGCUGGGUAGCAGGCGACUACCAGCAGCAGAAAUCGAUCCGAGAAGACAACAGAAAGGGAGAGACAAACAACAAAAGAGACUGACGAACAAAACGAAGAAGAAUCGCUCGGACAGCUACGAUUUUCAACAACAGAAACAAAUCUAAGGAGCGUGUCUUUUCAGCCCAUGUAUUUUUAGACCAAGCCUGUCGUCACCAUGACAGCGGAGGAGAUCAUCAAUGUGAAGGAGGUGGAGAUCAUCAAGGUGAUCCUAGACUUCCUCAACUCCAGGAAGCUCCACAUUAGCAUGCUGGCCCUGGAGAAGGAGAGUGGGGUCAUCAACGGACUCUACUCUGACGACAUGCUCUUCCUCAGGCAACUGGUGCUAGAUGGGCAGUGGGACGAGGUGCUUCAGUUUAUUCAGCCGCUGGAGUGCAUGGACAAGUUUGACAGGAAAAGGUUCCGUUACAUCGUCCUGAAGCAGAAGUUUUUAGAGGCCCUGUGUGUGAACAACGCCAUGUCUGCUGAGGACGAGCCACAGCAUUUGGAGUUCACCAUGCAGGAGUCGGUGAAGUGUCUUCAUGCCCUGGAGGAGUUCUGUCCAUCUAAAGAUGACUACAGCAAGCUAUGUCUGCUCCUCACUCUGCCUCGUCUCACCAACCACGCUGAGUUCAAGGACUGGAACCCCAGCACGGCACGGGUGCACUGUUUUGAGGAGGCGUGCACCAUGGUGGCAGAGUUCAUCCCUGCAGACAGGAAGCUGAGUGAGGCGGGGUUCACUGCCUCAGGGAACCGCCUCUUCCAGCUCCUCAUUAAAGGAGUUCUGUAUGAGUGCUGCGUAGAGUUCUGUCAGAGCAAGGCGACAGGUGAGGAGAUCACGGAGGGAGAGGUGCUCCUAGGGGUGGACAUGCUGUGUGGGAACGGCUGUGACGACCUGGACCUGUCCUUACUGUCCUGGAUGCAGAACCUGUCCCACAGUGUCUUUUCCUGUGCCUUCGAGCAGAAGUUGCUUCAGAUCCAUGUGGACCGCCUGGUCAAGCCUGCCAAGGCCAGCUACGCAGACCUCCUCACCCCCCUCAUCAGCAAACUAUCCCCCUACCCCUCCUCGCCCCUCCGCCGCCCCCAGUCCGCAGACACCUACAUGUCCCGGUCUCUGAACCCGGCCCUGGAUGGCCUGUCAUAUGGGCUGUCUGGCCAGGAGAAGAGGGGCCCAGGGGUGGACACGGCAGGGAGGAAGGGGAUGUCCCCCAUGUCUCAUUCCUUCGCUAACUUCCACACGGGGGGUCAGAGUCUGAGCAGGAGUCUGAUGCUGGACAGCUAUGACUGCCACAGCAUCUUUGAGGAGUCUCCUGAGAGCUCCAGGACGGACACGCCCGUGGAUAAGAUGAUGAGUUCAGGCACCCUGCGCCCCGACUCCGCCCCUGGAGAGGACGCCCCGUCACCAGGCUCUGCAGAGAGGAACGAGUUGCGUGACUCGACAGAGAAGUUUGAAGAGUUCUACCGCCAGCGUUUGAGGGUCCAGCAGCACCUGGAACAGAAGCAGCAGCAGAGACAACUCUACCAGCAGAUGCUGCUGGAGGGAGGGGUACAACACAGUGACCAGCCAGCCCCCGGGACAGACGCCAUGCAGCACAGCCUCACUGAGACGUUCCUCAACAGGUCUAUUCAGAAGCUGGAGGAGUUGAAUUUAGGGAUGGAGAGUCUAGGGGAGGAGGUCCAGUCUCUGUCCCAGCAGUGUAACGGCACGGGCCCGACCCCCGAGAACAACAACAACGGUGACCCCGCAGGCCUGACCUCUGACCCCACUGUGACCCUGACCCCCGAGCAGGGCCGCCCUCAGGGAGGAGGGGUGGUCAGCAGCACCCCACAACGCACUGCAGGGGGACAGGAGGUGCCCCCACCUAAUGAAUCCCCCGUGGUCUCCCAGAGUCCCCAGAAAGUAGCUGGACAGACCUCUGGAUUAGAUGACUCGCCAGGAGCCCUCACUCGGAGUAAAGAGGGGGACAAGGCCAAGGCCCUGUUUGUAGCUGUGAAUACCCUGGAAGACACUCAGGCAGUGCGCGCUGUAGCCUUCCACCCCACGGGAGCGCUAUACGCCGUGGGCUCCAACUCUAAGACGCUACGCGUGUGUGCCUACCCAAACGCACCACUGGACACCAGUGGGGUAUCAGGUAUGACCAAGCAGCCGGAGGUUUGUUUUAAGAGGAAUAAGCACCAUAAGGGUUCUAUCUACUGUGUGGCCUGGAGUCACUGUGGACAGCUGCUAGCCACUGGCUCCAACGACAAAUAUGUCAAAGUCCUGCCCUUUAGCUCAGAGACCUGCAACGCCACAGGUCCAGACCUGGAGUUCAGUAUGCACGACGGUACCAUCAGAGACCUGGCAUUCAUGGAGGGACCAGAAAGUGGAGGGGCCAUUCUGAUCAGCGCCGGAGCUGGAGACUGUAACAUCUACACCACUGACUGUCAGAGAGGACAGGGCUUACACGCUCUCAGUGGACACACAGGUCAUAUCCUGUCUCUGUAUACGUGGGGAGGGUGGAUGAUAGCGUCAGGCUCUCAGGACAAGACUGUGAGGUUCUGGGACCUGAGAGUACCGAGCUGCGUUAGAGUGGUGGGCACUGCCUUUCAUGGAUCAGGCAGUCCUGUUGCCUCGGUAGCGGUGGACCCUAGCGGUCGUCUCCUAGCGACGGGCCAGGAGGACAGCGGCUGUAUGCUUUAUGACAUCAGAGGGGGACGCAUGGUGCAGACAUACCGGCCCCAUUCCAGUGAUGUGCGCUCCGUUAGGUUCUCCCCCGGGGCACACUACCUGCUCACUGGUUCCUACGACACCAAGGUCAUGAUCAGCAACCUGCAAGGUGACUUGACGAAGCCGUUGCCCCUGACUCUGGUAGGGGAGCACGGUGACAAGGUGAUUCAGUGCAGGUGGCACACACACGACCUGUCCUUCCUCUCCUCCUCCGCUGACCGUACCGUCACACUCUGGACACACAACCCCUAACACACACACGACCUGUCCUUCCUCUCCUCCUCCGCUGACCGUACCGUCACACUCUGGACACACAACCCCUAUCACACACACGACCUGUCCUUCCUCUCCUCCUCCGCUGACCGUACCGUCACACUCUGGACACACAACCCCUAACACACACACGACCGGUCCUUCCUCUCCUGACCGUCACACUCUGGACACACAACCCCUAACACACACACAACCUGUCCUUCCUCUCCUCCUCCGCUGAUCGUACCGUCACAUACUGGACACACACUCAACCCCUAGUACACACACAGUGGACAUGAAUAACCUAUAAUACACAACCUGGAUGCACCCUACACUCCCUCACCAGUUGCAACCAACAGGACGGUUUAUCCCUCUGGAGUGAAGUCCGAGUGGUUGUAUCAAGGUUUGAUUUCAUGCUCAGCUCCCCUCCCAUCACUGCUUCUGGGAACAACUCUCACUCUGGCAACUGCAUCCUGUACUUAGUGGUUCAACAGGUGUGUCUGGGGGGGGUACAAUGAGGGAAGUGCACCAACUGGAGAUGUUUUGCUACAGUGCAUUGUUUCAUAUGGUGCUUUGAGUUAUCCAGGUUCCACAAGAGCUUUAUCAAUACAGAAAUCCAUGUGGGUCCUCUCCAUUUCGGGGUCAAAGUUGUGACAUCAUUCCAGAAACAAAAUGUACAUUCCUCAUUAGUUUGCACAGUCAGUGUGUUUGUUACAACUUGUUACCAUGCUGCUAUUAUUUGAGAAGAAACCAAUGUUGUGAUCUAAACUGCUGACUGUGUUGUUCAUUACAUCAGGUGAUCAGUGUGGGAUAUCAACUAUCGAGUUGAAUCUGUUGCUUCGAUCAAUUAGCUGUCAAUACUACUAGUAUACCCCUAAUGUGGAACUUUCCUAUGUCUAACGCUACUGUGCAAGUUUGCCUAUCGCGUCGCUGGCUUUGUAAAAAAAUACAUACUUUUUUGGGGGGGGGGGGUGGGACUUGUACGUUGUCAUGUUUAGUGCAAAAUGCUAUCUAAAUCAAAUCAAAUCAAACACCAUAUCUUCGGGCAGAUACGGUGUUUCUUGCAUUGGCUUGCUUUCAAAUGGAAAAAUACAAUACUGGUUUUCUAUCAACAUGGAAGGGAAUUACAGAUCUACUUUUUGGCUUGGCCAGCUGCAGCGGCGUACAGUUCAGUUGGAAGAAACAAUCACUUGUAUAGCUUUACUUAGUUCUGCAAUGUUACUGGUUGUUACCUAGAUGGCAGACUGACCAUAUAAAGGGAUUCUUAUGCACAAUGAAAUCUUAGAAAAAGCUCUACAUCACAUUUAUGAACCUGUGUUGCGGGCCAUGUUUAGUUUCUGUAUCUUAUGUUUGCACCAGACACUUAUCAAGAUGCAGGCUUGAGUUUUAGGCUUUGUUCAUCCAUUUUAAAAUAAGGCCAAACUAAUAUGUAUUUAUAAUUUGUUAUUGUAUGUCUAGUCAUGAUUUUCUGUUGAUAUGAAAUAAGAUGGUGGUUCUUGUAUUUAGCUUUUAUAAAAACUUGUUUUAAGUGACUAAGAGAAAUGAAAGUGUGAUCGCUGCAGUGGUAUGUAAAUAAAAGCCUCUGACCCUUGA